AUGGGUGUAAGACAUUACAGAGAGUCAUUAAAAGUUUAUUUUGGUGUAGUGUAUGCCGAGGAGAUUAAGUGGACCAAUAAGGAUUCAAUUGUUGAGUUUUUGACAGAAGUUGGUGAGAAUGGUAAGCCACGUUUCAAGAGGAUGUAUAUAUGUUAUGCUGGAUUAAAAGAAAGUUUCAAUAAGCAUUGUAGACCUGUUAUUGGGUUGGAUGUCUGCCACAUUAAAGGUAUAGAUCUAGGAAAUUUUUUAACAGCAGUUAUAAUAGAUGGGAAUAACCAAAUGUAUCCUAUUGCAUUUGUUGUUGUUGAGAUAGAAAAUAAGGAUUCAUGGAGAUGGUUUGUGAACCUAUUGAAGGUGGACUUGAAAAUUGAAAACUCAAACCAUUGGAGCUCUAUUACAGACAAGAAAAAAGGUUUAGAGCAAGCAUUGAAGGGUUUUUGGGAAGGGGGUAUACCUGAGGUCGGACACAAGCAUUGUGCAAGCCAUCUAGAGAAGAAUUUCAACAAAGUUUUCAGCAAUAAAACCUUGAAAGACCUUUUAUGGAAAGCUGCAAGAGAGGUAAAUGUUAGGAGAUUUGAAGGUGUGAUGUUGGAGAACAAAUCAAUUGAUGAGGAAGCAUACAAUUGGUUAAUGGUUGUAGGUCCACAUCACUGGAGUAGAUCACACUUUAGGACUCAACUUAAAUGUGAUAUACUUGUAAAUAUCAUGUGUGAGGGAUUCAAUGGUACAAAGUCAAUACUGGUAGCCAGAUAUAGACCAAUAUUGUUGAUGUUGGAGCGUAUUAGGAUGUACAUGAUGCAAAAGCUCAUUAAAAAUAGGCAUUCUGUUGUAAUGUGGAAGUCCAACAUUGCACGAAGGAUCGCAAUUUUCCUUGAAAAGAACAAGGUGGAAGCUGGAAGUCACAUUCCCACCAAAGGGAGUGAAUUUAUGUACUUGGUGAUGAAUAUAUAUGGGGGUGUGUACUCUGUGGAUUUGGUAAAUUUGGUCUAUUCUUGUAGAAGAAGGGAACUUAUUGGUAUUCCAUGUAGUCAUGAUGUUGCUGCUAUUUGGCACAAAAAGGAGGAUCCAAUGACAUGUGUCUCCAAAUGGUAUACCAAGGAAUACUACAUGAAAGCAAACUCUCAGCAAAAUUUUCCAAUUAGGAAUCCAAAUGAGUGGUCUAGAAGUGGCAAGGUUGGAAUGAUUAAGCCAAUUGGAAAGACUCAACUUGGUAGGCCUAAGAAAAGUAGAAGAGUUGAACUUGAUGAGUUGGCUCCACCAACAGAAUGUUUGCUUUUGUACGGAAAAGACAACUCCCCAAUUGAUCCUGGUACUCAUACUAGAAAUAGCAGUCAGCCAGAAAAUGCUUCAGUGAGUUCAGCAAUAAAUCUGAGUGCUCUACAAGGAAUAAUGCCACCACCUCAGCAAGCUUCAUUCAACCUACAUGGGCAAGGGAACAACACAGUUGCAACAAGGACCAAACAUGGUUAA